AAAAUAUAUAUAUAAUACAGGAAGGACGAUUCAAUCAAAAUUGUGAAAGCUUUUUCUCCACAAAUUUUGUUUUUAUGUGUUAUUUAUUAAAAAGUAGAUCUUAAUUUAAUGACUUAAGAUACAAAUAGUUAUUGUAAAUGUUGUAGAAAGCAUUGUGUUAAAUUCUUCAAAUUAUGGAGUAUCAUUAUUCGGAACUAUGUAUGCCAGCAGAGCAUCUUUUACCUGAUCCAUAUGCUGCUGAGUUUUCGCCGCAAUACUUGCUGCCUACACAAGAAGCUGAGUAUGAAGUCCGUAGUAGUGUACUGGUGGAUGGUGGGGACAGAUUUGGAGUGUCUGCUGUAGUUUUUGACAAAUUUGAAGAGUUGAUAUGGAUGGGAAAUCAGGGUGGUCAUGUAACGUCAUACUAUGGCUCAAAUAUGCAAAAGUACACAUCUUUUCAAAUACAUGAGUCAGAGGAAGUGAGAGAUAUUAUAACUGUUGAGCAAGGAAUUUAUGCUCUGACAAAAACCACACUUCGACAUCAAAUACGUAGAGGCAUCCCAAAGCACACUUUUAGAUCAAAUAAUAUGGUAGACAUGCAGUGCCUGUUUCAAGUCAGUCCUACUAAGCUCUUAAUGGGUGGACAUCAAAACAAAUUGCUUGAUUUAGAUCUUAAUAAAAUGGCAGAGAAUAUUAUUCCCAUUCAAGAAGAAGGCUGCGCUGUACUCCGUAGUGGGGGAGGAUCGUUAGUUGCAUGCGGCAGCGCCAAUGGUAUGGUCGCUCUGCGUGACAUUCGGACACCUGGUGCUGCUGAGCAUAUCUUCAGGGCCCACACUGCUUGCCUAUCGGAUCUGGACAUGCAAGGCGACUUACUUAUAACGUGCGGUUUCACACAAUCAGUCGGUGGUGUGGCAGUAGCUGAAUCGUACAUAAUAGUAUGGGACGUCCGCUGUCUCCGUGGCAGCAACACUGGCACAGAGUCCGCAUGGUCUAUUCAGACAGCGUCUCCACCGUUCUUGCUCCAUUUCCUGCCGGCUUUCUCUGGGAGGGCAGUUGCUUUGUCUAGUGACGGUCACGUGGCAUUGCUGCACGUGAAUGCGCCUGACGAGGCACAAUCUGUAUUUCAAGUGGAAACUCAAAAUUCCUUAUGCAGUGUGAUGGAUGUGUCAUCAACUAGCCAAGCCUUAGUCUUUGGCGACCAAUCAGGACAUAUACAUUUGUUCUCGCCACAACACAACCAUGAGCCUGUCUUUAAUAAUUUUUCCAGAGAAACAGAAUUUGCGGACCAAGUAGCCGGUUUGCCGUACGUUGGUUUCAGCGAUACUACAUUCCAGUUCUCAUCAGUGCCUUUGCCUCCGUUGACGACUGGCGACAAGUGGUUUAAUGUGCUGCCAGAGGAGUUCUUCAAGAAAGUUUAUCGGAAAACAAAGCCGAUAGAUCCAGAAGUACUGAAAACAAUGAAAAUGCAAGGCCCUAUCGGGUACGCACCAAACCCUGGAACGUUUAAAAGAAAUCAGGUACCAUACAUUGAAGAUACGCUAGAGGAUUUGAACACAGCUAAACAGCAAGUUGACAACAAGCUCACAAAUCAACCGGUGCCCAAACACUACCAAAAGAUGGACUUACGGUACAACAAGCACGGGUCAAACGAAGAUUUGGAGGAGUACAAUAAAACUGGAUUCCCCAGCCUGGAGUCCACGAUACCCAAUUCCUAUUGUAAUUCUAUGCUCCAGGUACUAUAUUACAUGCCACCUGUAAAAGCCGCGUUACUUGCACACACGUGUGGUAAAGAGUUCUGUUUAAGCUGUCAGUUGGGUUUUCUGUUCAGGAUGUUGGAUAAUUCAGGUGGUGUUCCGUGCCAAGCGACCAAUUUUCUUCGUGCAUUCCGCACAAUACCAGAAGCGGCUGCUCUCGGAUUGAUAUUACCUGACCGCGGCUCAGAUUCAAGAGUGGAUUUAGUGGCACUAAUACAGAGCUGGAAUCGUUUUAUACUUCACCAAAUACACUACGAAUUGCUGGAGGUACGCAAAAAAGAGAAAGCACUAUUAGCGCAAAAUGCGAACAGUCCACCGAAGGCGCGACUCAGCAAUGCGACCAAAAUGAGGCCACAGAAUAUCAACGGACAGUACGACGAGUAUCAGUAUACCGAGCUGGAGUUUCUUGGCCCUUCCACGGAGUUCGAACAAGAUGGUGAGAGGGAGGAAGCCUGGCAAGGACUUGGCAGAGAUGACGGUGCAAGUGAGGAACAAGUGCACAACAACGAAAACCACGAGUUAUCUAACAAUCAACAGUCAGAACGGGAGGAAUCUGAAAUAUCUCAACUAUUCGCCAUAGGACGACACCAACUGAACAGAUGUCUCAAGUGUAACAAAGAGGAAGAACGCGAGUCGGUGGUGUUAGCGUGCGCGCUCCAGUACCCAACUGUGGCUGGACGCGACGGCGCUGGCAGUAGUGGUGAGGUCCGCGGUGGGUUCGUGGAGCUGGUGCGAGCGUCGCUAGCCGCCCGCCGAAGCACGCCUGCCUGGUGUGAGCAGUGUGGUCGCUUCACCCCCACCACCCUACGCGGGCGAAUCGUCAGACUACCGCCGAUUUUAGCUAUAAAUUGUGGAGGAGUAACAGCACAUGAAAAAGCAUAUUGGUCAAAAGGAACUCAAAAAGAUACGCCGGAAGUGGUUAAGCGAGGCGGUAGCGGUAAACCAUGUCGCUAUGGCUUACACUGUGCGCGACCAGGCUGUAGAUUCAAGCAUCCUGAUAGACCGCCAUCAAGCCAGGCGACUUCAUCCAAGAGCCCUCAGGAAUCGCACUGUAUAUUGCCUCAACAUUUGCUAAUUAGAUUGCAGUCUGAUGGUGACGUUAUUAUCAAUGAUAAGGUUGACCAAUCGCCCGCAGAACCUCACACGCCCAUCAACAGACCGGACAAACAUAAAAAGAAGCAAGUGACCACGCAGUCAGAAGAGGAGUACACCUUGUCCGCGGCCGUAGUUUGCGUCGAAGACAACCCUAAAAACUUGGUCGCGUAUAUACAAACAGGGAAGGAUGUAGAGCCGCAGUGGCAUAUGUUCAACGAUUUGAGCAUAGUGCCAGUGAGCUCUGAUGAGGUCCUACAGUUCAGCGCGUGGUGGAAGAGUCCCUGUGUGUUGUUCUACACGACAGCGAGCGUUAUGCACGUCCCAACCGAGCCGAGCUCAUAGCCGAUAGCGUAUGGACCUUAUAGUGAUGGAAUGACUAUGGGCCCAUACGAAUUAACAGGAAUUUAUUACUCGAUUUCAACCGAGGAUCACUACGAAUAUAUUAAUUAAAUACAAUAGUUCUAUCUCAGAACUCUAGAAAUUUGAAUGAACUCAACACCACUUGAGAUGUACUGAACAAACAUAUUUUAAUUGUGAUAAAUAAGUAAGAAUCGUGUGUAAUGUAAAGCAAAGUUUACGGCAAAGUGAAAUAAUAGUUAUAAUGUAUUUUUGCUGACAUAUACCCCUAUACUUAAAAUUACUUAAAAACUAAUUAAGCAAUAAAUUAACGGGGUCUUUUAUUUUCAGAAUACAUACGAGUAGAUAGGUAAACGAAGUUUGAAACAUAGUACGAACGGAACAUACUGAUGGUUUCCAAAUGUUACUAUAAAUAAUAGUAAGUGAAUAAAAGUGAA